AUGGAGGUCGGAGCUCAUGUGUGGCUGCGACGCGAGGACUCCCAUUGGGGAUGGGUUCCAGCGAUUGUAACCAACAAAGAACCUGUGACGGCUCGUGGAGUAGAAUUGAUGCAGUUGACUCUCAAUGACGAUCCAAACAUUGAGGUGACAAUGCCUCCUCCGGCCAAUUCAAAGCGUGGAAGGUCAAGCUUCAAUGAUCACCAGUCCUUCCAGGAAGUCAUUGUUGUUGACCCAGAACAAUUGAAAACUGCCGACCACGAUGACAUCAAGCUACGGAACCUGCCAACAUCAUACCAACUAUCAGGGGAAGAUGCUGAAGCCGGUGUCAUUGCAAGUCCGUCCACGCAUAGCGACAGCAGCAUUGUUGGAGGCGUUGACGAUCUCAUUGAACUGACGCAUCUUCACGAACCAGCCAUUCUCCACGCUCUGCGGCUGCGAUAUGACGCGGACAUCAUCUACACGUCCACGGGUCCAAUUCUCAUUGCCGUCAAUCCCUUCAAGCCAAUGCCAUUGUAUUCAGAUCAGAUGAUGGAGCAGUAUAGAAUGCAAGGAGAGCUGGGAAUUGUUCCAUCAUCUCCCACAACAACAACAUCUGCAUUCGUCACACCCUUUCGAAAGCGCAAAGAAGCACCCUCUGUAAACAAGCGACUUCCGCCACAUGUCUACCAAACAGCCGAUGAUUCAUACCGUGCAAUGAUGAGAGGGCUAGAGAACAAAGCCCUCAUGAACAACAACCGAAACAGUGUCGAGAGCCGUAUGUUGGCUCUCAAGGGCUCUAACCACACCAACCAAAGCAUCCUUGUGUCGGGAGAAAGUGGAGCAGGAAAGACUGUCACAACCAAAAUUGUUCUCAACUACUUUGCAAUGCUAUCCAAGAUUCAGAGUGAUCAACUCCAAAGAUCAACUCCCAGAAAGAAUGGCUCUCCUUCAUAUCAUCAACCAAUGUACGAUGAUGUCACAACCGAACAGCAAGUCCUACAAAGCAAUCCUAUCCUUGAAUCCUUUGGAAAUGCUCGCACCAGCCGAAACGAUAACUCCUCUCGAUUCGGGAAGUACAUUGACAUUAGCUUUAGUCGGUCUGGAAAGCUUUCGGGGGCUUCCAUUGAGACUUACCUACUGGAAAAGGUUCGCCUCAUUCAUCCGUCCAGUGGCGAGCGCAACUAUCAUGUCUUUUAUCAGUUCUUGAGCAGUGCAACGGGAAAAGAACGCAGAGACUUCUAUCUUGGCAACAAGAGAGUGGGAGACUUUCGCCUUCUUUCUUCCAGUGGCACCUACGACCGUCGUGAUGGGGUUAGUGACGAGGCCAACCAUCAAGAGAUGCUUGAUGCCAUGGUGACAAUGGGUUUUGAAGCCGCCACAAUUCAGUCUCUUAUGAGACUCGUGGUUGCUGUGUUGUUUGCUGGCAACAUGACCUUUACACCCACGAAAGACGGUGAGGCCUGCACUCUUGACAAAUCUGAUUCAGCUUUGGCAUGUGCUUCCCUACUAGGCAUCACAUACGAAGGACUCGCAAGCGCUUUGACAGCCAGAACGAUCCUCGCUGGGGAAGAGGUCGUCCACAAGACUCUUACAUUUGAAGAAGCGACGAAAGCACUUGAAGCUCUCAUCAAGGCUGUAUACGGGGCAGCGUUCGACUAUGUCGUCGAGAAUGUAAAUGAAAGCAUUUACGAUGCAGACGUUGCUCAUGAAGCCGCUGCAUCCAUUGGUGUCCUUGAUAUAUUUGGGUUCGAAAGCUUUCAGACGAACAGCUUUGAACAAUUGUGCAUUAACUACACUAACGAAGCCCUCCAACAGCAAUUCAACAAGUACGUGUUCAAGCUGGAACAGCAAGAGUACGAGAGAGAGGGUAUCAUGUGGAAGUUCAUUGCCUUCCCCGACAACCAGGACGUCUUGGACUUGAUCGAUAAGAAGCAUACUGGGAUCCUUGCUCUGCUUGAUGAACAGUGCAUCCUUCCUCGCAGUACGGAUCAAAAGUUCACAAGAUAUUUGUACGCACGGUGUGACAAACACACACGCUUCAGCGCAUCGUCGGCACAGCGGGUUGAUUACCUGUUCAGCAUUGAGCACUAUGCUGGCUACGUGGCAUACACUACCGACUCGUGGCUCGAGAAGAACAAGGACCAACUUCCAGCAGCCUCAUCUGACCUUCUUAAUUCAUCGACGUUCGGUCUUAUCGGCGACAUCAAGAAGUUCAUCCGAAGCGAAGAUCGAGCAGGACGCGGUACAGUUGCGACCAAGUCAGUGAGCUCUCAGUUCUCCACACAACUUCGCAUUCUUCGUAAUCGAAUUGACGUCACGACGCCGCACUACAUUCGGUGUUUGAAACCCAACGACGAACUUUCUCCAAACUUCUUCGAGCCAAAGAAUGUUGUAGAGCAACUGCGUUGCGGUGGAGUACUCGAAGCCGUCCGCGUAAGUCGUGCAGGUUACCCAACGCGUUAUCCUCAUGACAUCUUCAUGGCGCGUUACUACAUCCUGGGUGACAAGAAAGACAUUACGCCAAUGUCUCCCAUCUUCUCUCCGACCAGCUCCAACACACCGAAGGAGGAGGACCUGAAGCGAUUGAUCUCCAAGAUUGCGUUCGACCUUUGGGAAGCUGACCACAUUGCGAUGGAGAAUCUUAUCCAAGCCGAGAAGAUGGCUUCGGAGUCCGAGUCGCCAUCCAAGAAGUUUGGGAAACAACUGUUCCCCGAUAACAAUGGGAAUAAAAAGAUCAACACCGGGCCAGCCUCCGUCAAUGCUCCGCCAUUUUCUCUCGUCGUCGAAAGCUCGGUCAUGACACCGGAAGCGCAGAGGAAAAAGAAGCUUGGUCAACGCAGCAAGCGCCGUGAAUCGCAUCACGUGACGCGCCCAGAGACCGAGGCUGACUUUUUGAAGCUGGAUUUCGCCUCCCGUUGUGCUGUUGCCGGCCUGCAGCUGGGUCGAACCAAAGUUUUCCUCCGGCGAGAAGCCUUUGACCGGAUCGAAGCUAUGCGCUCUGACAAGUUUUGCGAAGCCGCGCGCACCAUUCAGAAAGUUGUCCGCGGCAAAUUAUGCAAGAUGUACUACGGACAAAUGCGUCGAGCCGCCAUCAAGAUUCAAAGCUUGAUUCGUAUGCGCCUUUCAACCUUUGAGUUAUACGAACGACGAGUGAUAUAUGCUGCUGUCAAGAUCCAAGCUGCCUGGCGAUCAUUCUAUGCCCGCUUAACGUACUACGAGAUUGGCUUUGCUCGAAGGGAUGCCGCAAGGGCGAUCCAACGAGCAUACCGCAGCUACGUUGUGCGCACGAGGGAACCUCAAUUUCAUCUUUCUGAGGAUGAUAUCCUUCGUGCAAUCGUUGCAGUGCAAGCCAUGUAUCGAGGAGCGGCGGCCAGGGCCUACGUUACUGAAAUAUUGAAUUCCUAUCAGGAAGCACCAACACCUUCUCCUGUCAAGAGUUUGCCUGCCGCUGCGCCUGAACCCAGUGCUCGACAGAUUGCUCUGCAUGAAAGUCCUCAGAAAGAGAUUGUGCCGCUGGCCGCCAACCCCGCAAUGACCACCGAAUUGUUUCGAGAGAUUCAGAUGGAAAACUGGGCAAUGGUCGAGAGUAUUUUGGACAAGCACCCUGAACUCGCACAGUUGCCAGACUUGAAGACCGGAGAGCUUGCACUGCACAAGAUUUCACGGCACACCAGCGCGUGGACCUUGCUGAUCGACAUGGCCUUGGUUCUUUAUCCGAAAGCUUUGGUGCAUCGCGACAACAUGGGGGCUCUGCCAAUUCACCAUGCCGCAGCUCAUGACAAUCUCGCAGCAUUGGAGAUCAUUUAUAGUGCUUACAAAGAAGGGAUUAAGGAUGCGGACAACAUUGGUCGGCUUCCUAUCCACGUUGCGGCUCACUACGAUGCAAUCGACGCCAUCAAAUUCCUGCUCGCAAAAUCACCUGAGGGUGCUUACACAAUGGUCGUUCGUCCUCAAGACAAUUCUGGAGGCGGCCUUCCUCUCCACGUGGCAUGCAGCAAUCAUGCCUCUGUCGGAGUCAUCACUGCUUUGCUGGCGGAGAACUUUGCCUCUGCCAAACGCACCGAUGAGAAUGGUGAUUUACCUCUACACUUGCUACUUCGUCGAGGUGACGGAGUGGAUCCUGUGGUUGUGAAGACUCUUUUGACCUGUUUUGCCAAUGCCGUGUCACGAACAGACAUGCAUGGUGAUCUUCCACUGGCAAUUGCGAUCAAGAGCCGAUGUCGCUCCGCUGUCAUCAACGCUAUUCUCAUGCAGUAUCCCGAGGCCGCGGGCGCCCUCAAUGGAGCAGGGCACAGUGCUCUUUUCCUUGCAUUCCAGCACAAUGCAGAUGAUAGAACAAUCAUGGGGUUACUGAAUCAUGCUCCCGAGCUUGCUACUGCCGUUGACAAGAAGACAGGAAUGCUUCCAAUUCAAGUUGCAACAGAGAAUGAGCACUCCCAUUUCAUUGUUCACAAUUUGUUGAAGCGAGACAUGCCUAUUGAUGUGAAGGAGAAGGUCCGAGCACAGCUUGUUCCUCAUCGAUAUUCAUGGAACCACGUUGUCUCGAAUACGGAUGACCUGUAUCAUCAAGUUGUCACAAAGAUAUUACAGUCCUGUACACAGCCCCAAGUUUUGGCCCUCGCGCAUGUGGAAGGCCCUGACGGAACCAUCGCACUCGCCGCUGCUACUCCAGUCUGCAAACACGAAAUGCGAGUUAUGUUGCGACUCUUCAACACUCUCGAAGUUGUCAACCAAAAGCCAGCAUACACGAACCCCCACAGCGACACUCAAAUCUUUUACGCUUUGAGAUACGACCCCCCGGCUCAAAAGAAUGGAACUUACACUGUCCUUCACGACGAGCGCGACCAAAAUGGCGACAACGACUACCUUGAAGAUUGGGAUGACUCUUCUCAGGUGUCGGCCAUUUCACGCAAUAGCAUUCGGUCCACCCUCACAAGUCGUUCUCAGCAGACAAUCGAGGACAAGCUUCGUCAGAUCAGAAAAGAAAAGGGACAGCAAGUCAUUGCGAAGCUCACGUCGCGCUCUGAUGUUGUUGAAAGGGAGCUGAAGGUUCGCAAGGACUAUCAUCUUUCCCGUCACUAUGUACCUGCGAUCAUCAGUGUCCAUCAUACCGUCCAGCAUGCUGCUUACUCGGAGGCCAUGGCGGAACCUGGCUAUUGUAUUACGAUGGAAGGUGCUGACACAACUGCUGAAAACCUCAUGCUUGACAUGCGCAAAAACAAGAAGAGGUUUCCUACCAAGGCACUGAAACGCGUCGGCAUUUCACUCAUGCACUUGCACGAACAUGGAAUUAUCCACGGAGACUUUGGCACGCACAACAUUGGAAAGUUUGGCAGUCGGUGGAAACUCCUCGGUGUUGGCGGCAGUGUUACCCUCGGUGAGCCGACAGAUCCUACACGAGGUUUCUAUCAUCCGCCCGAAUCGAUUGUAGUAGAGAACAAGAGAGGCGCCAUAGGAGCGAUUGGGAAGAAGAAUCUGCAGGCAACCACCAUGUCCAUUCCUGCCGAUCCAACCUACGACAUUUGGGCCUUUGGUGUGGUAGUGUACGAAGCCAUUGCCGGCCUUCCGCUUUCGCCCUAUGCUUGCCGUGGCAAACGAGAAAUGAACGCAUCUGAGGUUUGCAAAAUUGGUCUGUGGGAUGAAAACAGCGUCAGGAAGGCUCUCAAGCAUGUCCAGGACGAUGAUGUUGCAAGGGACUUUGUGAAGCACUUGCUACACCAUGAUCCUGUCAAGCGAUUCAAUUCUAUGCGACAAGUUCUUGAGCAUCCCUUUUUUUUAGGAGGGAAGGUGGAGGGUAAAAGCUCGUCCUCCGCCGACCCCACAAGCCCCACUACACUGACCACGAACAACAGCAGUGGCGCCAACGCUUCUCGCCCAACAUCCAACCGCCAAACAUACCCCGGCCCGUCGAACAACAGCAAGAAGACAAGUCAAACAAGAGCAGUUGACCAUCCCGCUGUCACGAAGGCCGAUUCAGCCGAGAGCUCAAUUGAGAACUAUCGCAAUGGCGUCAAGAGUUCGUCGCGACGGUCUUCCGGUACAAGUUCGACUAAUCGCUCGAGCCCAACUUCUUCCAUGGAUUCUCGACGUAGCUUUCGUGGUCUGAGGAAGAUUCGAAUGAGAUCUGGCAGCAGACAGCAGGCAAGCUGA